UGUAACUCCCGUAGGUCUAAUCGAUUAAUACUUUUUAAAGAGAUGUCAGAAUAAAGCAUCAAUAGUUAAAUCGAAAUGCAAAUAAAUCGAAAGCGCAAGGAAAGAAAUCAAUCAUUUGAAUUUGAAGAUACGUUGAGUUGGGUUUGUGGUUUUGAUAUUUUCACAUAUGAUCUAUGCUUCUUCAAAAUGGCGACAACAGUUUCGUGGUGUAUACUUGGAAUACUCUUCUUCGUCCUGUUCGACAAAUCAGCUGAACAGUGCGUUGGACCUGUGGGUCUCCCAGGACCAGAAGGAGAUGAAGGAUCGCAGGGAUCAGGAACAAAUGAUAACUGGUAUGACGUCAUGAAUGCUAACCGGAACUGGAGACAGUGCACAUUCACUUCAGCAAGUGGAAGUGAUAGUGGAACCAUCUAUACAUGUGGUUUCACCAAGAAUUCGGCCACCUCUGCUCUAUACGCUGCGUUCAGCGGAACGACGAGACUCUACGGAUGUCAUGGAUGCUGUUGUCGGUGGUAUUUGACGUUUAACGGAGCUGAAUGUAGUUCACCUCAAGUCAUUGACGGGACCGUUUACAUGGCUCAUUACAGCGGUGCUGAUCUUCAUCGACAUCGUACGAUAUCGGGAAUCUGUGAAAACAUAGCAGCAGGUUCAGUAACGGUCGGUCUCAAUGUUGGUGCUUGCAGUGGGUAUGGAUACUUCGACUGUUACACAGGAUGGAAUGCUGUUUCAAGGAUAAUCAUUGAGGAAUUACCAGCUUCUCCAUAUUCCUAAAUACAACAACCUGGAUGAACUUUACGACAAUAAUGAUAAUUUUCUCUCUUAACCAUUUUGAGCUGGAAAUAAUGAAGCAAUUAUUUUGAGAGGGAAUUACUUUUUGACAGGUCCACUAUUUGGAGAUAUUUGCGAGUAAGCGAGAGAUCACAAAAUUCAGAUCAAGUUUAAUUUCUGAUAAUUUUUAUUAAUUUUCAAUUAUAAUGAUACAAAUAAUGAUGAUAACAAUAAUAAAUAAAUAAUAAUAAUAAUAACGGUAUAUUUACCCAGGGUAGCCACUUCAGUUCCGAAAACUGUUCUCCCAGCGGGCCCUGCUUUUAUUAUUACCCCGGCUAAGUUAGGCUACCUAUUCAGGUGCACACAGCUUUUUGUGCCGGUACCCAUUUACCUCACCUGGGUCGAGUGCUGCACAAUGUGGAUGAAUUCCUUGCUGAAGGAAACUACGCCAUGGCUGGGAUUUGAACCCAAGACCCUCUGUUUCAAAGUCUAGAGACUAAUCCACUGGGCCACGACACUCCACUAUAUAUCACUGGUUUUCAAUUCCUAGGCAUAUAUAGUUUUAAUUAAUAAUGUUAUCAUAACUAUCAAUUUUAAUUCUCGAUAGGGACAACCUUAUCCCCUACUUAUUUAAUGUUAGGAAAAUUUUAAGUCCAGUGCUUUCAAUGUUAUUACUUAUAUUUGAAUCAUUAUCUUCAAUGAUUGAAAUACUAUAGCUGCUCUGUAAAGUUGAUUGUAACGAUAUUCUGAAAAAUGGAAAAUGCAUGAAAGUCUUAGUAGUUUCAGUAGAUAAUGAAUGCUUUUGUACAAAGGUAAUUAUAUAUUUUAUAAAACUGAAAACUG